AUGGCUCGAGCACUCACUCUUUUGUCGCUCAGCUCCCUGCUUAGCUCUCUGGCCACUGCCGCAAGCAACAGCACUUUUGAUUACGACGUCCUUCAAUACGUCGAUUCGCUGAUCGGAAGUGCCAAUGGAGGCAAUGUCUUCCCCGGCGCUUCUUUGCCCUACGGCAUGGCCAAAGCCGUGGCCGACACCAACUCCGAGAGCAACCAGGGUGGUUUCACCCUCGAUGGCUCCAACAUCACCGGUUUUUCGACACUGCACGACUCUGGUACCGGUGGUAGCCCUUCACUAGGAAAUUUUGCUUUGUUCCCCUAUGCAAGCUGUGAGAACGACGAAAUCGACGGGUGCAAGUACCCCAAAUUGGAGCGCCCUGUCUCAUUUGAUGAGUCUUCGGUCAAGUCUAGCCCGGGAUACUUUGGCGUCAGCCUGUCUUCUGGUGUCGACGUCGACAUGACUACCUCCCAGCACGCCUCGUUGUUCCGAUUCAACUUUACAUCUGGCAACUCUUCUGCCAGCCCGCUCCUCCUGAUGGACUUGACCGAUCUGUCAGACUCCCGACAGGACAAUGCCACCAUUGACGUUGACGAGUCCACUGGCCGCAUGACCGGCUCCGGUGUCUUCCUCCCUAGUUUCGGAUCUGGCAAAUACCAGGCGUUCUUCUGUACUGAUUUCAAGAGCUCUGCCGACAUCCGCGACAAUGGUAUCUUUGUCAAUACUCGUGCGACAUCCGAGGCCAAGUCGCUUAAGAUUUCCCUUGGUAUUAAUGGAUAUCCUCUUCCUGGUGGCGCGUGGGUGCGAUUCAAGCCCGAAGCAGACGCCUCGGUCCUUGCUCGUGUUGGCGUGAGCUUCAUUAGCGAGGCUCAAGCCUGUUCUAACGCCGAGAGUGAAAUUCCCGACUUUGACUUUGAUGCUACCCACUCAGCAGCAGUGAGCUUGUGGCAGGAGAAGCUCAGCCCUAUUCGGGUCUCUCGCGAGGGUAUUAAUGACACAAUUCUCACCAACUUUUACAGUGGAAUCUACCGCACUAUGAUCAACCCUCAGAACUAUACCGGCGAGAACCCGCUGUGGAAGAGCUCGGAGCCUUACUUUGAUUCGUUCUACUGUAUCUGGGAUCUGUUCCGCUCUCAGCUUCCCUUUAUCACUUUGGUGGACCCAACAACAGUCACUCAGAUUAUCCGAUCUCUGGUCGACACACAAAAACACCUGGGAUGGCUCCCUGAUUGCCGUAUGUCCUUGUGCAAAGGCUACACCCAAGGCGGAUCGAACGCGGAUAAUGUCAUUGCCGAUGCCUACGUGAAGGGUCUUGAUGGUGGUAUUGACUGGGAAGCUGCGUACGCUGCAGUUCAAAAGGAUGCCGAGGAAGAGCCCUACGACUGGUCGAAUGAGGGUCGUGGUGGUCUGCAGAGCUGGAAGUCUUUGAACUACAUUCCUGUUCAGGAUCUGGACUACGUUGGCUUCGGUACAAUGACCCGCAGUGUUUCCCGCACUCUGGAGUACAGUUACAACGACUAUGCUAUCGCACAAAUCGCCAGCGGUAUGAACAAGACCGAUGAUGCCGAAAAGUACGCAAAGACGUCCGCCUACUGGCAAAACAUUUUCAAGAAAGACCAAAAGGCUUACCUUAAUGGCACCGAUACUGGCUUCACCGGAUUUUUCCAGCCCAAAUACUUGAACCAGACUUGGGGAUACCAGGACCCUCUUGAAUGUUCCAACCUUGAUACCAGUGGCUCCAUUUGCUCUUUGCAAAACACCGCUGGGGAGACAUUUGAGUCUAGUAUUUUCGAAUACCAAUUCUUUGUCCCUCACGAUAUGGCAACCCUGAUUACUUUCCUCGGUGGCGCAUCAUCCUUUGUCAAGCGUCUCGACUACAUGCACGAUAAAGAAAUUACUUACAUUGGCAACGAGCCUGCAUUCCUUACUGUCUACCAAUACCACUACGCCGGCCGACCAGGAAAGUCGGCUAGCCGGGCCCAUUACUAUAUCCCCGAGUACUUUUCUCCUACCGCUGCAGGACUUCCUGGAAACGACGAUUCGGGAACCAUGGGUGCUUUCGUUGCCAUGUCUAUGAUUGGUCUCUUCCCCAACCCAGCGCAGAAUGUCUACUUCAUCAUCCCGCCUUUCUUCCCAUCGGUCCAAUACACGUCUCCUCUGACCAGCAAGACGUCGACCAUCAAGACGAUUAACUUUGAUGCUUCGUACGAAAACAUUUACAUUCAGUCGGCAACUCUUGACGGGAAACCCUACACCAAGAACUGGAUUGACUACAGCUUCUUCACUGAUGGCCAGGAGCUUGUCCUGACUCUGGGUCGCAACGAGAGCACCUGGGGUACCCAUGAUGCUGACCUUCCCCCGUCUGUGUCUACUCAGGGCGUUGACCAACCUUCCAAGUAA